AUGGCAGAAGGGAACAAUUCUACGAUACCUAGCAUUCCAAAGUUUGAUGGAGACUAUGAUCACUGGUGUCUUAUUAUGGAGAAUCUUUUAAGAUCGAAGGAGUAUUGGAGCGUUGUCCAAAAUGGUUUUGUUGUACCAGAGUCUGAAGAAGCUUUAACUGCUGUUGAAAAGAAAAUGCUUGAUGAAGCAAGAUUGAAGGAUCUCAAAGCCAAGAACUAUUUAUUCAACUCAAUUGACAAAACCAUUCUGAAAAUAAUCACUCAAAAGGAAACAUCCAAACAGCUAUGGGACUCCAUGAAAACAAAGUAUCAAGGCAAUGCUAGGGUGCAGCGUGCACAAUUACAAACCCUAAGGAGAAACUUUGAAUUGAUGGACAUGAAGAUAGGAGAAUCGGUUACAGACUAUUUUGCAAGAGUGAUGGUGGUGGCCAACGAUAUGAGGAGUUGUGGAGAAAACAUGCCGGAUGUAAAGAUAGUGGAGAAGAUUAUAAGAACUCUCACUGAGAACUUCAAUUAUAUUGUAUGUUCUAUUGAGGAAUCCAAGGAUAUAGAUAUUCUUACUGUUGAUGCCUUGCAAAGUUCUCUGCUUGUGCAUGAGCAAAAAUUCAGGAAGAAUAUCACGGAGUAA